AUGAAGGCCUCAAAAUUUGAACGGAAAUUCAAAUUCUCCUCCAAAAAAAAUAAAACUUCUGAAGCAGACUUCUACCUCUCCAACCCAAAUAGAGUCAAAAAAAAAAUACGCGUUGCGAGGCAAAGCAUCACUAUUGACAAGAAAAACCUACCGGUCUCCAGCAAGGGGCUUACUAUGCCUGAAUUGAUAAACAAACUCAAUCACCCCGUCAUUGCCACAAAACAAAAGGCCCUGGCCGGAAUUCUUCAACUUUCCAAACGCAUUUCGAAAGAUCAUUGCUAUAAUAUUGGCGCCAUCGCACAUUCCACCUGGCCACUCAGAUGGAACGAAGACCAAAAAAUUAGACACACGGCUGAUGAUAUACUCAAAUCUGUUCUAAAACUUACUGACGGCUCGGUUUGGUUCCACAAACUUGCGGUUAUAUACCUGACCGAAGGCUACUCCAACCCGUACAGUCACAUUGUUAGAGAUGCCCUUGAGUUCACUGAAUAUUUAAUUAAACGGACACCAAAAAUACUUAACUCUAUGUCUACGCAACUCACGACCUUAAUAAUCAAAAUAAACUCUCCGGAAAACACACUAUUGCAAUGCCAUUUGCUCUAUGAAAUCACCAGAACACACCCCUACAAACACUCGAGCUUCCUCUAUAGUGAGUCUAUUGAGACGUUAAUAUACAAUGCAAACUCCAUUAAUCAUUUGCACUUUUACCGACGUACACUUGAACUAGCACUGGACGCGUUCGACCAUGCCGCGUAUGCAGGAAAUAAUGAUAAUGUUAUAAAGCAACUAAAAACACUGCUGGAAUGCGCAAUUUUAAUCAAAGAGUCUAUAUCCUCCUGCAAUGAUCUGAUUGAAAUUGCUAAAUGCUAUCCAUUUCCUGCCAUUCUGCCAAAUAUUGCGCAGUUGAAUGCCAAAAAUAGACGCUCUGCGGAUGAACUCAUUUCUCAUUUACUGGUGAUAAAGUGGCAAAUUCAAUUGCUCAUCGACAAAAAACCUAACUUCCGUAUCACGCAAGCGGAAAGCGAGUCCAUGUACAAGGUGAUUGGUGCAAAAUUUACUAUACCCUUGCCCGGGUCUAUAUCUGCAUUGAUAAAUUACGCACUGGCGCUCGAUAACAUUGAGGAUUUUGAAAUUGUUUACUAUAAAACUAAACAAACUAACGUAGAUAAUUGCCCCAGGGUUGAUGCCCGUGAUGGAGUUUCGCAGGUAUCCGAUACUGGAGUGGACACAUUUGGCUGCCUAAUCGAACUAGUGAUUUUUGCCAUCAAACAAAACUUACCGGCCCUCCUCAUCCGCCAAGUACUGUCAAAAAUUUUUAACGAUGAUAUUAUGAUUAAUUGGAUGCCAAGUAACUGCAAAAUCAGUCGCAACACCUCAAGCGGGAAUGUACUGAAAGACAUGAAGGAUACCUUCAGAAUACAUACGGCAAACCUUACAUAG